AUGGCAGGAGAAGUGCGACAGCCCAUUGACAUUCCGUCACUGGAGCGGUAUAUUGACCAGAAUGUGCCAGCUUUGAAGACCCCAUUAGAUGUGAAGCAGUUCGGAUUCGGCCAAUCCAACCCAACCUACCAGCUGACCACCGCCGACGGCAAGAAGUUUGUCCUGCGGAAGAAGCCCCCCCGGCAAGCUGCUCGCGAGUAUAAGAUUAUCCGGAGCUUGGGCGAUACCGAUGUACCCGUUCCCGAUGCGCUCUGUCUUUGCGAAGACAACGAUGUGAUUGGCACCCCAUUCUACAUCAUGUCGUUCCUGGACGGCCGACACUUCACCGACCCAGCUAUGCUGGGAUGGAAAUCCGCCAUUCAAACGCUAGCCAAAUUCCACCGGGUUGUGCCCAAAUCAAUUGGUCUCGAGAAAUUCGGUAAGCCCUCGGGCUUUUAUGACCGACAAAUCGCAACCUUCACAACAAUCUCACGGGCUCAGGCCCAGGUCCUCGAUGUGGAUAGCAAGGAGCCGGUCGGAGAACUGCCACACUUCGAAGACAUGGUGCGCUUCUUCUCGGAGAAGUCGUCCCAACCGCGGGAUCGAGGCACCCUGGUCCACGGCGACUACAAGAUCGACAAUCUGAUCUUCCACCACACGGAGCCGCGAGUAAUUGGCAUCCUUGACUGGGAAAUGGCGACCGUCGGGCACCCGCUGUCGGACUUUUGCAAUGUCACCAGCCCGUAUAUCCUGAGAAGGGGCGGAUUCAUCGACGGAGUCGUUCCAGCCCGGGCGGACGCCGGGUCUGCCAUCGCGUGA